AUCAUAUGUGGAAAGAUGGUAAAUUAUAAAUAUUCUUAACAAUUCUUAUCCAUAACAUUGGAGGUCGAUUAAAAGUCGACGAAAAAAAUUGAGUAUAUAUACAAUUCGAUAAUAGGCACCUUCUACAUAUAGAGAGUUACUGUACGAGAUGCUUGGUUUAUCCAAUUAUGUCGAAAAGAUAUUUAUUUUACCAAGAUAAUAAGUCAAAUUAUACUCUACGAUGGGGCAUCGCCGGCAUAACGCGGAAAUUACGCGAUUUUAUAUCGGCGUUGGAGCAUACCUCGAAGGACGAGCAUAUGAUAAUCGCCAUCGCAGCGCAAAACGUAGAGGAUCUCACGAACACGUACCACAUUCCGAAGGUCUACAAUAAUUAUGAACAAUUGGCUUUGGAUACAGAAAUUGACAUUGUAUUCAUCGGUACAAUCAAUUCUCAACAUUUCGAUACCGCAAUGUUAAUGUUAAAACAUGGCAAACAUGUUCUGUGCGAGUCGCCAAUGACACUGAAGUGGGAAAAUACUUCAGACUUGAUCGAUUAUGCACAAUCCAAGCAGUUGUUUCUGAUGGAGGCUAUGGCGAGCCGUUUCUUCCCCGCGUAUGAUUUCAUCAGGCAAGAAAUCGAAUCCCGCAAUAUUGGUGACGUUGAUAGUAUGGAUAUAUUGGAAACACAUGAAUUUCCAAUUAGCCAAGUGAACGAGCUGAUUCUGGAUUCCAUAUUUCACUGUUUACAAUUCGUCUGCUUGGUCUACAAUAAUGAGUUGCCAACGAUUAUAAUAGGAGAUAAAGGAAUUCAGGAUGGUAACAUAAAAUCUAUAAUGAUUAGGGUAUGCUAUCAAAGGAAUCGUAUCGCGAACAUUCUGGUGAGAAAUAGUGUGCAACAAGGUUUAGAUCCGAGUGAAGCACGUAUUUUCGGCACCCAUGGUAUUAUAAAAGUGCCACAGUUCACGUAUCCGAUAAGGGUCGAAGUAUCGAAUAGACCAACACCAAUGGAGUUUUUGAUUCUGCCGAAUUCAAAUAUAGACCCUAAUUUUUUCGGAUUUUCUUAUGUAUAUGAAAUCACUGAGAUUUAUACAUGUAUCCUAAAUGGUUACACAGAAAGUCCGAAAAUGACGCAUGAUACGUCUUUAGUACUAGCGGGAUUAAAGGAUAUCAUUUGCAAACAAUUGGAUAUUUGGUAUUCUUAAAAUGAUUGAAAAACUUGUACAUUUUUAUAAAUAAAAUAUGCAUGCAUAUAAUUUAAUAUAUAUAUUAU